AUGCCAGCGCUGCCGGGCCACCAGCGUAAUGUAUCACAAGGAGAACACUUAAUAGUAGACCCUAACGAUUCGGGAGACGAAGAUGAUGCAGAACGUGGACGCGCUGGAGUGUUUCCUGGAGGAAGUCCCAGCCAUACAUCAACGCAAUGUCGACCGCAAAACAAUAAACCCAAAGGUCUCUGCAGCGAUCCUCACAUUCGCUCUAAUAUCAAAGUAAUAUUAGGUUCAAUAGUACUUACUGUGGUCGGAACAAUCCUUUUGGUCAUUGGAACGAUGGUGAUGUUCCGUCCUGAUGAGGGACCGCAAGGCUGGGUCUUUCUGUUCGCCGGUUUCCUCUGCUUUGUUCCGGGAUCUUAUCAUGUGUACUACAUUACCUGUACGGUUUGUGGUCGUCCAGGAUACUCAUUCGAUAAGUUGCCGACAUUCAAUCGAUGA